UUAUUUGUUAUUAUUGUUGAUAUUUUAUAGAGUUUAUUGAUAUUUACACUGUGCAAUAAUAUUUCUUUGGUGUUCUCAACAAAUCAAGAUAUUAUAUAAAACAUAUCUGAUGUAUUUUGUGUUCAUAUGGAUAUCAGGACUGGCAUGUGUUAAAAGUUGCAUAUAAUUAGUGAAAAAAAUUGUUUGUCUGCAUCAGAAAAACAUUGACAGACUUUGACAGGACAAGUUAGGACAUAAAAUUUUAUUCUAAUGGUUCAUGAGGGAAGUGGUGAAAACAAAUUAUUGGUCAUGGAUAGUGCCAUGGAUGAUCGUAUGUUGUCAAACCGUGGGCACUGGCUAAGACAGGAACAGGAGUACCAUUUACAAGCCAUGCGUCUCAAACGUCAGCUGUCUAAAGUUCGCCAUGACCCAGGAAUGGUUUACAGGCAGCUAGCAGGAGCAGCCGACCAUAUUGAAAUCAUGGCUGAUGCCCUGCAGCAACAGCAGGACGUUGCAGCCAUGCAGAACAGAAUACCAAUGACCUUCCGAGAACCCAGCAAUGCUCCACUUCGAAAACUUAGUGUAGAUCUGAUAAAGACCUACAAACACAUAAAUGAAGUUUACUAUGCAAAGAAGAAGAGAAGAGCACAGGGCCAUGGAGAUGAAAGUAGCACGAAAAAGGGCAAAGUCAACGUGCAUAUUUAUAAUGAUGGUUAUGAUGAUGCUAAUCACGAUUAUAUAGUUAAUCCUGGAGAAAAAUGGAUGGACCGAUAUGAAAUUGAUUCUUUAAUAGGCAAAGGAUCUUUUGGUCAGGUUGUCAAAGCCUUUGACCAUGGAGACCAGGAGCAAGUGGCAAUCAAGAUUAUAAAGAACAAAAAACCUUUCCUCAACCAGGCCCAAAUAGAAGUCAAAUUGUUAGAGUUAAUGAAUAAACAUGAUAAAGAAAACAAGUACUAUAUAGUAAAAUUGAAGAGACAUUUCAUGUUUAGGAACCAUUUAUGUUUAGUGUUUGAACUUCUAUCAUAUAACUUGUAUGAUUUAUUACGGAACACAAACUUUAGAGGUGUUUCAUUGAAUUUGACUCGUAAAUUUGCUCAACAAUUGUGUACAGCUUUGCUGUUUCUAGCGACGCCUGAACUAAAUAUUAUUCACUGUGACUUGAAACCAGAGAAUAUACUUCUGUGUAAUCCUAAACGUAGUGCAAUCAAGAUAGUGGAUUUUGGAAGUUCUUGUCAAUUAGGUCAAAGGAUUUAUCAGUAUAUACAGAGCAGAUUUUACAGAUCCCCCGAAGUGUUACUAGGCAUUCCAUAUGAUUUAGCUAUAGAUAUGUGGUCAUUAGGUUGUAUAUUAGUAGAAAUGCACACAGGGGAACCAUUGUUUGCUGGUUCAAACGAGUUUGACCAGAUGAUGAAGAUAGUAGAAGUAUUAGGUAUGCCACCCAAAAAUAUUCUAGAUCAAGCUCCAAAAGCUAGAAAGUAUUUUGAUGUACAACCAGAUGGGACCUAUGUAUGUAAAAAACCUAAAGAUGGCAAAAAGUAUAAACAUCCUGGAACAAGGAAACUCCAUGAUAUUAUUGGUGCUGAUUCUGGUGGCCCAGGAGGUAGACGGGCAGGAGAACCCGGUCAUACUGUGGCAGACUAUUUAAAAUUCAAAGAUCUCAUUUUACGAAUGUUAGAAUAUGAUCCAAAGACACGGAUAACACCAUAUUAUUCACUUCAACAUAAUUUUUUCAAGAAGACCACAGAUGAAAGUACUAACACGCCAAAUUCUGCAUCAAACAGUCCUGCGAUAGAACAGCAGGGUGUUUCUAGUCCUACAGUGAGUUCAUCAUCAAGUGGUAGAGCCAGGUCUGAUCCAACACAUCAGCAUCGCUCACAUCUGCAUGUGCAUUCACAUUCUGCUCACCAUGGUCAUGGCGUGCAAUACACGACAAUGGAAUGUGAAAGUCCACAAUCAGCAUCAGGACAGUCUCGAUCACAACCUCCUAAUUAUCAACAACAGACAAGCUGGAGCGAAAGGGAUCAACAAAGUGGCAGACAUAUAACUCAUCAUCCUCAUCAUCAGACUAGACUAUCUCCGCCGUCUUUAUCAGAGGCGCCGUCAUCUCAUGUGCCACGAACAGUUCCAGAACACAAUGUAUCGUAUACUGAGGGAUAUGUACAAGGUUCUUACCCAGGGGGAAUUCCACCACCUGUAGAUUUCAGGCCAAAUCCAGCAACAGUAGACGCCUCACAAGUAUCGUCUGUUAACAUGCAUGUGCCCGCGGGUUAUCCCUCACAGUUUGGACAGUAUCAGCAGCCGGCAUGGACUGCAGGGGGAUUCCCCUUUUCAUUGUCAAGUAGUGCUAAUGCUAGCUUAACAGGCCAUGAAACAAACAAUCAACAUGUACGGACAGCUGCAGAAAGGGGAGAUGACUCCCCAAUGGUUGGAGUUUGUGUACAACAAAGUCCAGUAGCAAGUCAUUGAUAGUAACUCAAAAUUAGGAUUUACAAAUUAUUUCAACCAGUGGAGCCAAGCUUUGUGUGAAAACCUGUGUUCAGAUGCGCUUUCACUAAAGAAGGGAUCCGUUCACCGCAAAUUAAUGUGCAUACAUGUACGUGUUUGUGUUUCGUUGUGAAAGUAAUGAAUGGAGCGUCUUAUUGUUCAUUGGUUCAUCUGAUUAGAGGGAGUUGUCUGUCAGUAAGAGUGUGAAAGUGACCUGGAUUGGCUCACAGUGAGAACCCUUGUAUGUUCCUGUAUCAUGAGGAACUUUGUCAUUUUGGUUUCAAUACUAAUGAGUGAUGCUAAGACAUCUUCAAUCCAUUGUAUAGCAGAUAAAUAUCUGUUAUUUUUUGAGAUGUCUUAUAUGGUUCACCUCACCCCUCGACUGCGUGAACCUGAGAGCUUGUGCUAGCCAAGGAAAGACAAGAAAGAAUAGAAGAGAGGUUCAUAGAUGCAGUAGUUCCUUACUUAACUGUAAAAGUUAUGGUUUUGUAUGUUAUAGAAGACUAUCAGACUGAUAUGUGUAACUUUCAAAUUAGAAAUUUUGUUCUUCUGGUAACUUGUAACUUUCCACAAAAUAUUCAAAUAUCAAACACUUGGAAAAGUUUUGUUCAUUCAUUUGAAAUCUAUGCAAGAUCAUUAAUGUGCAAGCUUUAUAAUCAUUAAAUAGAAAGGAAAAUAACUUUUAAGUAAUAUCAUAAUAUAAACUUAAGAUUAUAAGUACUAUCAUACUAACUUAGAUAAUUAUUUGUUUGGUUUAAAAACUAUGCAAAAAUAGGUAUAGUGGACAUACAUUUUAUCCAUGCAUAGUCAUUUAAAAAUAAGACUGCAAAUACAUUACAAACAAAUAUAUAUAUACAGCAAAUUAUGCUUGGCCACUCAAAUUUAGUUUUUGUAAUAUCAAACAUUCCUAUACCAAUUAUUAAGAAUCUCUUUUGGGGGGAAAUUGAAAAAACAGUAAAGCUUGUUCCAGAAAACUACAGAAGGAAAUUUCAGUGAUUUUUUUUUACCCCAUGAAUUUUUCAUCAAAUAUCAAAAUGCAAAAAUUUAAUUCAACUACACAUAAAAACUUGCAUGUAUGUUUUUGACAUUCAAAGACUAUAAAAUGUACUUGUAACACAAUUAAAAAAGGUUUUUUUAAGAUCACAGUUAUUUUGAGUGGCCUAAUUCUGUAUUUAAUCAUUUAAUCAGUUUUUUGUAAGAAAUAAUGUUUGAAAAGUCUGUGUUACACUCCUAUCUGUAACAUACCAUACAAAAAGUGUAUCAUAAAGACCAGAUAUUUAUUUUUUAUGGUGAGAAAUGUUUGAACUACUGUACUAGAUCAGAAUGUUGUUACUAUUAUGUAGAGUCAUAUGGGAGAUCUUGGUAUAUAAAUUGUUGGGCAAUCGAUAGAGAAUUUAUUGUGUAAAUAUAUUGUUGAUUGGAGUUAAGGCCCCUUAUGGUGUUAAACACUAGAGGGCAUGAUGUUUUAUUGUAGACUGUGUACAGAGUAUGUAAUUGUUAUUUAUUGAAUGAACGAUGUGAGAAAUUUUUAACCAUUCAUCUACCUUCUAUUUUAACAAAUGUUUUUAGUUUCCAAUGUGAAAAUUAUGGUAAAGAAUUUUUAAAGUUGGUUUUAUUACACAUUUUUAUUUCAUUUUUUGGGGAACAACAUAUGGGGCUCUGCGUAAACUUGUCAGGUGGGAUUCUGUUAUUUCAUGCAGAGAGAUUAAUAGUCAGGGAAAUUGAUUGUUUUUGGUAGACAAAAAUGUUUGUCUGCAAAAUGAGACGUGUUUUGAAUUUGAUACAGAAAUUUAAAUGAUUUUGAAUUGAGUUUUGAAUUUAAAUUUCAUGUACAAUGUAUAUUGCUGUUUGAUGCUCAUUUUAUCAUUAUGAACAAAAAUAGGGCAGUUAAUAGCAUUCCAAUACCAGCCUUUUAAAGAAUCUCACUAUAAUACUUUUAGGUUGAUUUAUAAUAGAAUUAUUAAAAACAUUCAAGUUAUUAAAAAAUCUAUUUUGAAAUUGGCAGAAAUUUACAAAUUCCAAAUUUUUAAUAACAUAAAUAUUUUAUGAUCUUUAUAGUUACAAAUUAUUUUUAGUUUUAUUUGUGUUCUCUCAAAUUAUUAUAAUUGUACAUUGAUUUUUACAUUUCAUUCAAAUCUUGUUUUGAAGAAUUGAAACAUUUAUACUUAUACUUUCAGUUUCAGCAUAACAAAUUAUUGAAAAGUUAUCUGAUUUUGGAGACCUUAUUCUUUUGUAUUUCUUUCAUUGACAUUUGCAAAUAUAGAAUGCAAAGUGGUUCAUUUAUGUUUUCGUAAAAGUUUCUUUCCAUAGAAGCAAAGAAAGCUAAUAAUCUUAGGUUAUUUUUCUAUUCCUUUGGAUAAUGUUGAUGUGGUGAAAUCUUCACCCCAUGUUUGACGAUUGAACUAAGAAUAGAGAGAAUUGAAGAAUGUUGAAAAAGAAAUGUUUUAUAAUGUAUUGACUAGGGUAUCCUUGUCAGUAUUAAAGAUUAUACAAUACCUAACCAGACAUGGUAGGUUUUAUGUAUUUCUGGUGAUGAUAAUGGUCACUAGCAAGGACUUUUUAAAAAUGUGCAUUAAAUGCCAAAAAAGGGAGAUAAUUGCAUAAAUGUUAUUGUUGAUAAUAGCAAACAUCAUUAUAAUGUAAAAAAAAUCACUGAUCAUUAAAUGUCACUGUAAAAUUA